UGUGACUCCAUCUUGGGCGAAAACAACCAACCAGGCAAGAACUGUGAAGUUUGUAGAGAAGAAAGAAAAGCCAAUGGUGACAGCCCAUCGCUUGUGAUGUUUAGUAUGCAGAAACAGCUGAGAUAUGUUGUGGAAAAGAACAAGGACGAACUGCACACAAACAUCACCAGAAAUAUGACAUCCGGUUCAAACCCCGCCAUCAUAAGUGACAUGACGUCUUCCGCGGGAUACCUAGCUUUGAAGGACUCAGUUGGGCUAUGUCAUGGCGAUUUGACUUUGACAAUAAACACCGAUGGGUCGCCACUUUUUGAAUCGUCCAACACCUCCGUGUGGCCGAUUCAGUUUGUUCUAAAUGAGCUACCACCUCGCACUCGCUUCAAAAACUGCACUCUUGCUGGGCUCUGGAUCGCGAAAACACAUCCAGAUAUGUCUGUCUUCCUGGCAAAGUUUGUAGAGGAAGUCAACCAAAUGGGUCCACUUCUUUGGGAGCAGGAUGGGCACCACUACACAUCACGGAUGGUCGUGGUUUGCUGCGCAGUUGACGCACCAGCACGGGCAGCUGUACUCAACAUGAAACAGCAUAAUGGAUACAGUUCCUGUACCUGGUGCCUCAUAACGUAUUGUGUGCGCUACAUAAGCAGUCACCCCGUGGAAGAUAGGACGUCUGCAUUGGUAGUUCGAGAUUCUCAGCUUGCUCUCGAAUUGGACACUGACAUCAAUGGUGUCAAAGGACCGACACCAUUAAUGAACUUGCAAGGAUUUGACCUCGUGCGCGGAUGCAGUGUUGAAUACAUGCAUUCAGUGUUACUCGGUGUGACACGACAGCUCAAUGACUACUACUUCGGCUCAUCGCACUCUUCGGAAUGCUAUUAUAUAGGCUCCCGCACCCACCUGACAAAGGUCAACCGUUUGCUCCUCUCCAUAAAGCCGCCACACUGUAUUACAAGGCUCCCGAGAAGUGUCACUGAUCGUGCUCACUGGAAAGCCUCCGAAUCGAGAAACUGGCUGCUGUUUUAUAGCAUUCCAUGUACAGCAGAUGUACUACCAAGAGAACACUGGAGGCACUUGGCCAAGCUCUCUGAGGCGGUCCACAUCCUUUUAGGAGAGAAGAUAUCAGAGCGGGACCUUGCUCGUGCAGGUAAAAAGGAGGUUUAUACUGAGAAUCUGGAACUCAUGUGGUCUUAUUUCAUAGGAACCAAGAAGAAAAAAUAUCAAACAAAAAUUCUGCAAAUAUUUGAUAGUUGUGUUGCCAGUGCAGACCAGGGGCUGUAUUUCUGUCAAAAUGAGCUACUGAAGGAUUUCGUUGGUCGCUGUAUCGCCUUGUAUGGAGAGGCAUUUAUGACCUUUAACGUGCAUGCCCUCCUUCAUCUUGCUGCGUCAGCGAAAUUUCUUGGGCCCCUCUGGGCUCAUUCGGCAUUUGUAUUUGAAGGGGGAAACGGCACGUUAGUCAACCUGGUUUCAGCCGCAAAGGGCGCACCACAGCAGAUUGUAGAAAGGGUGGUUAUGCACCAAGAACUCGAAGCUGCUCUUGCAGCUGGCCGUCUGCCCCUUGAAGAGAAGAUUGCCUGUGAGCGGCUUCUUGGGCAUCCCCACAUUCAGGCUGCCUCGUAUGAUGGAGGUGCCUGCAUGCUGGGUCAUGGACGUAGAGCUCAUCUCAGUGCAACCGAGCUGCAGGCAGUGGAAGAAUUUACAGGCAGCCAAAUGAGUAGCAUUGUGGAACAUGACCGGCUCAUCUACCACCAUCAGGUCUACAACAGCAGUGCCUAUACAAGAUGCAGAAAAAGCGACUCUACUGUGUUUGUUGACUGUUCUGGAGAGUACUAUAAAAUUGAGAAGGUGAUCGAGAAUUGUGUGCAGGCGGCUAAAAAGUGCUUGCUAAUCUGCAGGAAGGUCGUAGUCUCCGUUCCUACGCGCACAUUGCCGUACCACAUAAAGGAAUGCUUUUUGUCUCAGCGUGCAGAGCUCCACAUUGUUGAACCCGAGCACAUUCGAGACAUUUGUCUAUUCAUUUCCUUUCAAACAGGUCAGUCCUAUGUCUGUGACCUUCCAAACAAAGUGGAACGAGACUGA